UGUCACUGAGAGGACUCAUUACUCAACCUUUUUCUUUUUUAUCAAGUUUUUGCUGAAUACUCCAGUGAGCUAUUUUGAUUUAAUUCCUACAUGAUUGAAACUCAAGUGAAGUGAUUCACUGGACAAUUUCUUCCACUCAGUUUGUGGUCUAACUGAAGCUGUUUGAUUUGUGAACUUCACGAGUUCCUUAAUCUGAGUAUGGCUGGGAGCCAAGAUCAAUUAGAGAUCAAGUUUCGGUUGAGUGAUGGUUCGGAUAUUGGCCCCAAAAGUUUUGCUGCUGCUACAAGUAUUGCAACACUGAAAGAAAAUAUUCUAGCUCAAUGGCCAAAAGAUGUGGAGUCCGGCCCAAGAACUGUAAAAGAUGUGAAGUUAAUUAGUGGUGGAAAAAUAUUGGAGAACAACAGAACAGUGGGGGAAUGUCAGAGCCCAUUGUUUGAUCUCCCUGGUGGAGUUACAACAAUGCAUGUGGUUGUGCAACCACCUACUAUGGAGAAAGAUAAGAAAGUUGCAAGUGAAGCAAAGCAGAGCAAAUGUUUUUGUGUUAUAUUAUAAGAUCGGAUUGAACAGAGGAU